AUGGUAGUUGCUCUUUCAUUAGUCCCGUCCAUUAUAUCAGUUAAUCUGAGAGCAGCUAGCAUCCCAGUGCCUUCAGCACCGACAGUUAAUGAGACGGGCUCCCUAUCUACUGUGCUUCCAGUUAUGGGAGUAGCUAUCUGGUGUGUUUGGGCUGCUUACUGUCCCCCAGCUUCUACAGAAUCCAUUCCUGUGCCAAGUCCAGCCUCGGGAUCCGUUCCUGAACCAAGUCUACUCUGUGAGUCUACCGCAGUUCCAGUCUGUGAGCCCACUCCAGAUCCAUUUCCUGUCCGUGAGUCCACUCCUGAGUCCGCUCCAGUCCAUGAGUCUGCUCUAGAUCUUGUUCCAGCUCCUUCCAAGAUGGCAGUUCCUGCUGGAAAACCUCCCAAGUUGUCAUCUACUCCACUGUGGGAAUCUCCAGUACCGUCUGCUCUGCCUUGGCGGUCUCCUGCUUUGUCUGCUCCGCCCUGGAGGUCUCCUGCUCCGUCUACUCUGCCCUGGAGGUCUCCUGCUCCGUCUGCUCCACUCUGGAGGGUUCCUGCUCCGUCUGCUACGCCCUGGAGGUCUCCUGCUCCGUCUGCUCCAUCCUGGAGGUCUCCUGCUCCAUCUGCUCCGCCCUGGAGGGUUCCUGCUCCGUCUGCUACGCCCUGGAGGUCUCCUGCUCCGUCUGCUCCACCCUGGAGGUUGCCUGCUCCGUCUGCUCCACCCUGGAGGGUUCCUGCUCCGUCUGCUCUGCCCUGGCUCUCUGCUGUGCCGGUUCUGCCUCAGUCUCCAAGUCCUCUAUCCCCACAUGGACCCGGCCCUCCAUGCCUCGCCUUGCCCCUCUCCACCACUCUCUUGGAAUGUUUUGUGUUUGGAGCGUCUGGAAGCCGCUCUUUGAGUGGGGGCUAUGUCACAAUUCCGGUCUGUGUUUUCUGUGUUCAAGGACUAUUAGUUUGUAGUUUUGUGUCUUUUACUGUUGCCUUGCUUCCCUGCUGCUCUGCUCUCUUGGUUGUUGUCAUGGACACUUUUUGAACUUCACCCAUUUCUUUGUUACUUGCCCUGGUUACUGAUUAGUUCAUUGUCUCUGCUCUCUGCUUAAAUAGUCCUUGUGCUUCCCCUGUGUUUGUGAGUUGUUGAAUGUCUGUGAUGGUUGUUCUCUGUCCUUGUCUGAGUUCCUCGUACCCAUGUUGGAUUAUUUG